UAAAAAUUUAAGCAUUUUUUUUAAAUUCGUGUUUAAUUUAAUUCGGCGAUUGAAAAAAAUUUUAUAAUUAUAUUAUUUAUUUAAUAUUAAAUUAAUUCAUCUAGAAAAUAUUAGCAAAAAAAAAAAUUAAUCAUGACAGUGGUUAAUAAUGAAAAAAAGGAAACGGUGGGCCUAAAAAGGGAAUUAGGCUUAUUUAGUGCAGUGAGCUUAAUCGUCGCUGUAAUGAUAGGUUCGGGUAUUUUUGUCUCACCAACAAGUGCCCUUGAACGAUCAGGUUCGGUAGGAUUUUGCCUAAUAAUUUGGAUAGUUUGUGGAUUUUUAUCACUUCUUGGAGCAUUGGCAUUCGCCGAAUUGAGUGCUGUUGUACCAAGAUCAGGAGCCGAAUAUGCCUAUUUCAUUGAUGCAUUUGGACCACUUCACAAUUACUUUGGACAAUUGCCAUCAUUUAUUUGCUCUUGGGUUUAUGUAAUUAUUCUACGUCCAGCUGAAGUUGCUGUUGUAAUUCUUACAUUCGCUGAUUAUUCAAUUCAACCAUUCAUCACUUUAAUGCCAAAUUUAUCACUGGAAUCAAUGCAAAUGUUAAAAAAAUUAAUUGCAAUAAUGGGUUUGGCAAUUGUCACAUACAUUAAUUUAACAAGCGUAAAACUUUAUGUAAAAAUACAAAAUACCUGUACAAUUCUCAAAGUGGCUGCUUGUCUUUUAAUAAUUUUCGGUGGCGCCUAUUGGUUAGCGACAGGACACACGGAAUUACUUAAUAAUCCAUUUAGUGGUACAACAACGUCGCCGGGAAAUAUUGCACUUGCAUUUUACAGUGGUCUUUGGGCCUAUGAUGGUUGGACAUCGGCAACAAUAGUCACUGAGGAAGUGAAAAAACCUGAAAUUAAUAUACUUCGAAGUAUUCUUAUUGCUGUGCCAACGAUAACAUUACUUUAUGUGACAAUGAAUUUAAUGUAUAUGUCGGUAUUACCAAUAUCGGAAAUGAUUUCAUCAAAUGCCGUUGCAGUAACGUGGGCAAAUAAAAUAUUACCACCAUGGUUGGGUAUUGCAAUUCCAAUUGGUGUUGCAUUUUCCACAUUUGGCUGUUGUUUAAGUCUUCAAUUUAGUGUUUCACGAUUGUGUUAUGUUGCAGGACGCGAGGGACAUGUACCGAGAUUUUUUAGUUUUGUACAUUAUAGUAAAAUGACACCAGCCGCUGCUGUUGCACUACAGGGUAUUCUUGCAUUUUUUUGCAUUCUAGUUGGUAAUAUUAUUGAAUUAAUUGAAUUUGCAAGUUUUCUCACAUGGGUCUUUUAUGGUUUGGCAAUGAUUGCAUUAAUUAUUAUGAGAAAAACAAAAUCCGAUGUUCAUCGUCCAUAUGCAGUGCCAAUUGCAAUUCCAUGGCUUGUUUUAUUUAUUGCAAUAUUUUUGGUAUUUGCUCCAAUUAUUAAAGAGCCAUCGGCAAAAUAUUUUUUCGCUGUAAUCUUCAUUCUCAUUGGCGUUGGAAUUUAUCAUUUUUUUGUCUACAAGAAAGUGAAAAAUAAUUUUACAGAGAAACUCACGUAUCUGGUGCAAAUUUUGUGUUUGGUGGUCCCACCUGAAGAGGAAAAUGACUCACAGAAUACAAAAAAAGAGAUUCUACUAUCUAUACAGGAAAAAUCAGAUCUGCCAAAAAGUGAAAUAAAAAUUUAACAAAAAAAAAGAACAAUAAUCAAAUAAAAACAUUGUUGUGAUUAUUUUAAUCCAGACUAUAAAUCCUAAAUGACUUUUAAAGAAGCCUUUAAAACUGAUAGUAUAACAGUUAUUAAAAAAUAAAAAAAUUACCGACAUAGAAAUCUACCUUGCCGACUGAUGGUAAAACAGUUUUUUUUAAAAAUGACGAUAUAAAAAUUACCGGUAGAGAAAUCUACUUUAUCGACUGACGGUAAAACAGGUUUUUUAAAAUGAAAAUAUAAAAAAUUACCUACACAAAAAUCUACUUUACCGACUGAUGGUAAAGAAUUUUUUUUGAAAAAUGAAAAUAUAAAAAUUACCGACAUAUAAAUCUACCUUACCGACUGACGGUAAAACAGGUUUUUUGAAAAUGAAAAUAUACAAAUUACCGACCUAGAAAUCUACUUUACCGACUGAUGGUAAAGAAAUUUUUAAAACUGAAAAUAUAAAAAAUACCGACCUGGAAAUCUACUUUACCGACAAAUAGUAAAAAAAUUUUAAAAAUGAAAAUAUAAAAAUAACCGAUCUAGUAAUCUACUUUACCGACUGAUGGUAAAUUUUUAAAAAUGAAAAUAUAAAAAUUACCGACUUAGAAAACUAUACUUUACCGAUUGAUGGUAAAGAAAAAUUUUAAAAAUAAAAAUAUAAAAAUUACCGACCUAGAAAUUUACUUUACCGACUGAUGAUAAAUUUUUAAAAAUGAAAAUAUAAAAAUUACUGACCUAUAAAUCUACAUUACCGGCUGAUGGUAAAACAGUUUUUGAAAAAAAUGAAAAUAUAAAAUUACCAUCAGUCGGUAAGGCAGAUUUCUAUGUCGGUAAUUUUUUACAUCUUCAUUUUUCAGAAAACCAGUUUACUAUCAUUCGGUAAGGUAGAUUUCUGUGUCGGUAAUUUUUGUAUUUUUAUUUUCAAAAAAUCUGUUUUACUAUCGGUCGGUAAGGUAGAUUUAUGUGUUGGUAAUUUUUGUAAUUUCAUCUUUUAAAAAACUGUUUUACCAUCAGUCGGUGAGGUAGAUUUCUGUGACAGUAAUUUCUUAUGUUUCUAUUUUUCAAAAUUUUUUACCGUCUUGUUAUUUUUUUAUCCAUUUAUGUAAUUUAAAAUUACUUUUAAUGUUAUUUUUGCAAUUAUUUCCACGUGUACAUAAUUUUAUUCACUAAUAUUAAAUAGAUUUUUAAUUAUUCCAAAAAAAAAUGAAGAAUCAAAUACUUUUUGGCGUUUUGUAUAAAAAAAAAGUUUAUUCAUUAACUUCAACCCUGAAAAAUAGUUUUUAAACUACAAUCAUUUUCACUCUACUUAACAAAAAUUAAGUGAAACUUUUUUUUUUUAAUUAUAAAUCGUAGCUUUGUAAAAAUUCUUAAAUUACUAUCAGAUCAUUAUUGGCACGGUUGAUCAAAACCGAAAUACAUACUUAUAUCAUUAGUUAACAGAUAAAUAAAGUGCUCUGUUUUUUUCAUUUAAAUAUUAUAACAGGCGACAUAAAAUAUAAUUUUUUGUCACUAUAAUUCGUACAUUAAAAUUUGAAUAUCAUUCAUUUUUUUCAUAUCAGUACAUUUAAUUUUGUCGUGAAUUAUUGAAAACAUGAUAUGGUAGUUUUUCAUUUAAUAAACAUUUCUUUCCGUUGAACUUUUUUUUAACAUGUAAAAUAUUUAUCAUCUCAUUAUUAUAUAAUAAUUAAUUUAUUUUGUGCAAUUGUUUUUUUCAUAGAUUCAACAUUUGCAUAGAUUUUUUUUUAUAUAAAUCUAAUUUAACAGUCGUUUCAUUUAAUUCAAUAACUAAUUUUUUCAUUUAAUAAGUAAUUAAUUAGAAUUUUACUAAAAAUAGAUAAAUAGAAAAAUAAAUAAAAAAUAAAAAAUAUUGUUAAACAGUAAUUUGCUAAUUUUUUUUCAAUAUUAUUUAAUUCACUAUGUUUGUUAAAAUUUAUUUUCUUUAAUGUAAAAUUUAGAACUUAAAAUAAAAGAUUAAUUUCAGAAAAGCUAAAUUUAACAAAGAUCAAUUUUAUUAGAUCUAAAAUAUCAUUUUGUGUUAUCAACUUUCAUUAUAACUCAUCAGUCUUUCUAUUUUCUUUAUAAUUUUCUUUUUGUAUUUGUUUUUUAAAUAACAAUUUAAUUUUUAAUAACUUCUGCAUUUUUAAAAUACGAGUUAUUUAAAUUUCAUAUUCAUAAAUAGUUUUCAUAUAUAAUUCCAGACUUUUAUAAUCAAACAAUUGAUUUCAGUUUUCUUUUUAUAAUUGCUAGUAAGGUUAUUUAAGGCCACGCUUAUCUACAAAUUGUAGAAAUUAACUUUUAAGCGUUACCAAAAGGCUAAUGAUUAAAUCAUAUAUAAAAAAGUUUUCAAAAUAAUUCUCACUCUUCUAGUUAUUAGAAUUUCUCAUGAAUUCUAAACGACAUUUUUCGAGAAUAUUUACAAAUUAAUAUUAUUUAGAAUCUUAUUUAUACGAUGAUUGAUUAUCGUAAAAAAUAUAAUAUUUACAAUAUUCUAUAAUUUCUUUUUAAGAAAAAUAUUAAUGAUUUUUUUUUUU